UGAUCCCACAUUACUUCUUUCCUCUCUCUCUCUCUCCCAUUCUCUCUUACUCCUUUUUAUGCUUACUCUCUUUUCAUAUCUUCUCCUCUUUCUCUUUCCUAAAGAGACAUAAAUCUUACAUAGACAGACAAACCAGCAUUUUUCUCAGCUUCAUUCUGGCAUGAGUUUAUAGUUAUAUAUGCUAAUGGGAUUUUCAUGCGAGGAUCACUCUGAAGAAAAGGAGAGGGAGUUUACAUUAAUAGAAGAGACUAGUGUAACUACACAGAACAGUAUCAUCAUGGAAGUGUAUCAUCAUCAUCAUCAUCAGAGGGUUGAUAACAACACAGAUUUCUUCCCAGUUGAACAUCCUAUGGAGCCACCGGAUGAAGAUCGUCCGGUGAAAUGUCCAAUGCCUGAAUCUUCAGUCAUUAGUGAUGAAAGGAUGCACGAAAAGAGGAACACAGAAAGCAUAAGGAAGAGGGGUGAGAUGUCUGGGUCUGGACAAAGAACAGCUGGCAUGGACACAGAUGCCCCAGCUCGAGGAGUACGAAAGCGGCAUCACACCCUCACUCAUGGAUCAUCAGGAGACAUUGUGAUGACUCCAUUGAUGAGAAUGCCACAUCUCCCUCCUCUACAAUCCCAGAAUAUCACUAUUUUCCAAGUGCUUCAGCAGUUGGACAAGUUUGAGUCUUAACAAAGAACUAAAUCCCAUUACAACAACAUUCCAUGCAAGGAGGAACUCAUUUUGAUCACAAGCUAGCUUACAUAACUUAAAAUAGAGCAAGACCGGAAGCAUUGGUUCAUGAAGAAUCCCAAGUUUUCAUCAUAUGUCGUUGUCAAAAGAAUGUAUCUUUCAUGUUUUCUAUUAUUCAUCAAGACAUUAUUAUACAUUAAAGUGUUUUAAACCGAGCAGAUUACACAAUUCUAA